GGACUCCACGCAUCACCACCACCAUGGCACACGUGUUGAGGAGAGAACAAAGGCUUCUCCAGUCUUCUCUAACCUACUUUGGUCAAGCAAUUGAAUCCUCACAAAGGAGACGUAUGGACCAGCUGGGAACGAAGCAGAGCGUUUGGUGUGUGGCAACGAAGCAGCAUCCGGUCCUUCCCUCUCAGUGCCCGAGCAAUAUUACCUCGCCGCACCUGUAUGGUAAUGCACCGCAGUGGCGGCAGGCGUCCUCGGGAAGGAUAACACACCUGUUACCAUUCCCGGCUGACUUUUGGGAACAUCACUUGAACGCGCGCGGGGUUAGGAAUAUUCCGACUGUGUUGAUUUUGGGUGUGCGAGUGUUGGCUGGAAUGGAAUUGCUGCUCUUGUGGUGACUGAGGCAGACCCACAGUGGAUGUGGAGUAGAGCGGGGUCGAACAGGAACGGAACCCUCUAGCUGUUGGCCGCACCCCCUCAAAUGAAACAUCUCAUCGUACGUUAGAUUAAAAGCAAAUACGUACUGCUAAAAGUGUCAUGUGCUUCGGAGGGCCUUUGCCGAACCCCUGAGACUGACUCAACGAACCCCGGGUAUUCGGUCGAACCCUGGUUAAGAGUCACUGCACUUCAAGAGUCGCCCGAGCCGUGAGGCACACUCGUGGCAGUGUUUGCUAAGAAUGUGAAGGUUAGAGUUGCCAGCUUGUGACUUUCGCAGUAAAGUAGCUUUUAUAAUUAUGUAAAAAUUAUCUGGCUUUAGAAAUAAAUUGAGAUGAGA